AUGAUAGUGUCAAAAACGGUACCCGUUUUACCCUACGUUUUUCUGGCCUGCGUCAUUUGUCUUCCCGCUUUCAAAUAUUAUCUGCUGAUUAAUCAAAGUGUUGUGGUUUUUCAGGAUGGUUCGUUUUUUUUUGAAGAUUUUUUUGGAAUUUUUUUGCACAUGGGCUUUCAAAGUUCACAAAAUCAAAAAAAUUUUUACAAAAAAAAAUACAAAUUUUCAGAUGAUGACCCAAGCCCUUUCGAUUUCUCCACAACAUACUUGAUGUUUCCCGAAACAUCGGCUGAUUUUACACUGUUGGUUUUGGUAACCACAAUGGCUUCCGAAGUUGAACUUCGACAACAAGUAAGGCUAUCUUGGGCGAAUACCACAAGGACGAGAAGAGCGAGAGUGGAAUUCCUAAUGGGACGACCGACAGCUUCAGAAAUGCAUAAACUACAAAAAGAGCAGGAGAUUUUCAAUGAUUUGAUAAUCGCUGAUUUGACUGAAAGUUAUUAUGGGUUGGCUUCAAAGACCAUUUCAAUGCUCACUUAUAAAAUGAGGUUUGUUUCUUUGAAUUAAAAUAAAUGACGAAUAUUUUCUGGUUCAAUGAUUUUUUCUAUAAAGUUUUUUCGACUAGCUGAUCACAAUCUCACCUUUAAAAUUGUUUUGAUAUACUCUUGGACUACGAUAACUAUAGUAAUCUAUAGAUUCAAAAAGAGUUUCAUGAAAUUUUCAAAUUUUUUUGAAAAAUUCUGGAAUUUCAGAUAAUCACUUUAUACUUUUUCCAGAUAUCAUCCAAGAUCAAAAUGCCUGGUGAAAGCAGAUAUAGAUAAUGUUUUAAUUUUGGAUAAUUAUUUGAGACUUUGCGAGGAAACUGUUGCUCCGCUGAUUUUAGGAAAAUGCGAUGUUACUCGAACUGUGAAACGAAAUGAGACGAAAUGGGCAAUUCCGAUGCAAGUUUGGCCGUAUCCAUUAUUUCCGGCUUACUGUAGCACAGGGACUUAUAUGAUGGCAGGUAUACUGUUUUUGGGAGAAAAUCUGGGUCAACCGAUGAAAAAUUUUCCACUUUGGUUUAGAAACUUCACAAAUAAAUUUAUUUAUUUGGUUCUCAGUUUUUGUAGAAAUCAAAACACAUUUUUGUUUGAAACAAGAUUAUGCAAAUUAAGAUCACGUUUUUUUGAAUACGAAUUUCCUGAAAAAAAUUUGAAAAACAGAAAUCACAGAACUGAAUUUAAUAUUGAAUUCAGAAUUAGAUUUUGUUUCGAUGAGUUUUAUUUUCGAAUACGGCGAGGUUUAAACUCAGAAAGUGAGUAUUUUUCUCAAAUAGUUUUUUUUCAGGUGAAACCCUUCCUCAAAUGUUAGUCAAUCAAGCAAUGACAAGUAAAUUUGCAAGUUCAAGUAAUUUCCGAAAACUUUCCGAAGAUGUUUUGGUAAGCGGAAUCCUUGCAGAUGCUGCUGGUGUAAAACGUCGACAUUUGAGUGGAUUAUCAUUUUUUGAAAUUCCCGAAUUCAUUUGUCGAAAUAGCUAUUUGCAAACAUUCAGUAUACAUUUACUGCGCGACAAAAACCCGGUCAAAUAUUAUCGAAAAAUUAUGCAAAUUGAGGGAAAACUUUGCAAUUGGUGGGAUAUUUUUGGAUAUCGAAGACGGUGA